UACGUCUCUUACCUAAAGUUCAGUCAGUGUUGGAAGUAUGAAGAACACUGACUUCUUCACCCUUCUUCACCCUUAUAAAUGUGGCUGUGUUUUAGGUUGUUUGUAGAAAACGUCUUUAACUACACAGAUCUGCCUUGUAACUUGCUGAGGAUGCGCUGCUGUUUACAACGGAAGAAUAGAAGCUAAAGUUGAAUUUGAGCUUGGAAAACUUGUCUGCGACCUUGACACAAAGCAGAUGAGCUUCUCAAACAAACCCGCUGUCCCUGCGAACUCUGGUAAAUGGCUCCUGCAGCAGGUGUGUCCUGCUCCUGCCUGGUGUAAAUAUUUAAAAAGCCCUGAAAAAUUAAUCCCAGCUUGCUUUGUGUGUGCCCACAUGUGUGUCCAGUUUGUCUGGACAGGGGACAUCUACGCCUAGCCUUCAUUGGGGGUGGGAGAGCUGACUUCUCCAAACCGGAUGGUUAACGUCAAUGAAUUGAUUCUAUUAGACCACGGAGCAGAGUCUGACAGCUCUAAUCAAGCUACUUAGUGUUCUCCAGCUCCAUAAUCUGUCAGCUGCAUACUUCGCAGACUUAAUCUCAGGUGACCAGGUCGCCAGGAGACAGAACACACCAAGGAAAGACGGGCAGAUUAGCCGAGAAAGUGCUGAUCGAACGAGUUCCUCGUGGCCAUGCAGUGGAAGUUAAUGCUGUGACAACACCUCAGGCGUCUCCUUGAACUUUAUUCCUGGGCUCAGAUAUCUCCAUGACGUCAGAUGGCUAAUGCGUUUGAUCUUACUGCUUAUUUUUAACCUUUUUUUUUUUAUUAUUUAAAUUAGCAAUAAGCACGUUUUUUAUUAAGCGCUUUUGAUGAGAGCUGGUUGGUAGAUCCAGGGUAAAGAAGGUUGUCCAUGCUUCAGAAAAAGACAAGGAGCUGCUGUGUGGAAGUGCCGUUUCCUUUCCAGGGGAAAUUCUCAGCAGAUGCCACUCAGGUGUUCUAUGUGCCGCUGCUGUUGUUGCUGUAAGGCACGGAAAGCCGGCAGGUAGGUUGCCAUUUGCCACAGCUGUAGAGUCUAAUGGCAUAAUGCGUAGGGUUAGUUGUAAACAAAGGCAUUCUCCUCUCAUUUAAGGAUUAAGACUGCUGAGCUGAGCUUUGACUGUUCAGGAUAUCGUCUUUGCUUUCGUUGCCAAAUUAUAGCCCGCCUGAUGGUGAGAGAAGUUACUGUGAUUGGCGAUCUGCGUCAGCACAGAGGAACAUUGCAGCUCGUAUAAAAGCCAUGACAUCAUCUGAGGAUCCCAGUCCUUGGAUGGAAGUAUCCUGCCUGGAGCUGGCGUUGGAGGGUGAGCGGCUCUGUAAGGUGGGUGACUACAGAGCGGGCGUCUCCUUUUUCGAAGCUGCAAUCCAGGUGGGCACAGAGGACCUGCAGGUGCUCAGUGCCAUCUACAGCCAGCUGGGUAAUGCCUACUUCCAUCUGCAUGACUACGCCAAGGCUCUGGAGUUCCACCGACACGAUCUCACCUUGACAAGAACCAUUGGUGAUCUGCUUGGAGAAGCUAAAGCCAGUGGAAACCUCGGCAACACAUUGAAAGUGCUGGGUCGGUUUGACGAGGCUGUGGUUUGCUGUCAGAGGCAUUUGGACAUAGCGAGGGACAUAAAUGACAAGAUCGGGCAGGCGCGAGCGCUCUAUAAUUUUGGCAAUGUGUACCACGCCAAAGGCAAAAGUAUUUGUUGGAGUGGGGCUGAGCCUGGAGAUUUCCCAGAAGAAGUCAUGACGGCGUUGAAGAAAGCAGCUGAGUUCUACGAAGCAAACCUGACGAUAGUGAAGGAGCUCGGGGAUCGGGCUGCUCAGGGUCGAACUUAUGGUAACCUUGGCAACACACACUACCUGCUGGGAAACUUUGGCAAAGCUGUGGCCUCUCAUGAACAGCGUCUGCUGAUAGCGAAGGAGUUUGGCGAUCGAUCAGCAGAACGACGGGCUUACUGUAACCUGGGAAACGCUUUCAUCUUCCUGGGGGAAUUUGAAGUGGCAGCUGAGCAUUACAAGAGGUCGCUGCAGCUGGCGAGGCAGCUGAAGGACCGAGCCGUGGAGGCGCAGGCCUGCUACAGUCUGGGGAACACCUACACACUACUGCAGGACUAUGAGAGAGCCAUAGACUAUCACCUGAAACACCUCAUCAUAGCUCAGGACCUCAACGACCGGAUUGGCGAGGGUCGAGCAUGCUGGAGUCUUGGAAAUGCCCACACUGCACUAGGGAACCACGAUCAAGCCAUGCACUUCGCUGAGAAGCAUCUUGAGAUCUGCAAAGAGACCGGAGACAGGAGUGGGGAGCUGACCGCUCGUAUGAAUGUCUCGGAUCUCCAGACAGUUUUGGGUCUGAGCUACAGCACAAACAACUCCACGCUGUCGGAAAAUAAGGAGAUAGACCACAACCUUCAUGGGGCAAAGCCCAGGAUGAGCAGACGACACAGCAUGGAGAACCUAGAGCUGGUGAAACUCACUCCGGACAAGAUGAAUGGUCAGAAGUGGAGCAGUGACAUCCUGACCAAGCAGUCCAAACCGUCCCUGACCAAGAGCUCCUCCAAGCUGUUCUUUGUCAGCCGCCUGCGGGGGAAGAAGUACAAGAUUGGAGGCUCCACUAAGGUCCUCCAGGACACCAGCAACACACUGGACACAAGUCAGACAUCCACACAGGGAUCACAGAAACGACUCACUCCUGAAAUGCUUGGAGAUGAAGGAUUUUUUGACCUCCUGAGCCGUUUCCAGAGCAACCGCAUGGAUGACCAGCGCUGCUCAGUUCAGGACAGAGGCAGCAGGUUGUCGUUAAACAGCGGGCCGGAUUCGCCCCCCAGAACCAUCAGGAAAUCCGUUUCAGAGUCUGUGAACGUAGCAGGAUCGUCUGGCAGACGGCUGGAGGAAUCAGCGGCCGCCGGGGGAAGCCUGCCUGGUCUGAGACUAAAUCAGAGCAGCAACCAGGCCGUGUUGAACCACCUGAUGGCCAACGCUGACAACGCCGAGCCUGAUGAGGAUUUCUUUGAUAUGCUCGUCAAAUGCCAGGGUUCCCGCUUGGACGACCAGCGCUGCGCCCCUCCCCCGCCUCCGGUCCGAGGACCGACCGUCCCCGACGAGGAUUUCUUCAGCCUCAUCAUGCGCUCUCAGGCCAAACGAAUGGAUGAGCAACGCGUCACGUUGCCUUCUGCAGCCAGAUCCAGCUCGGACUAAACAAAGCACUAAAACGGGACAAAAAUAAAAUCUUUUUUUUUUUUAAUCUCAUGAAGUUGUGAACUAUGAUGCGACUAACUCAAAGUACAACUCUUUUGUGUCAUUACAUUUGUCCUUUUGGACAAAACAAAGCACUGUAAACAUUGUACAGAAUAAGGAAAAAAUCUCAACUUGUUUCGCACAACUUGCACACCAACAAUUUCAACAGUAGCUUUAGGGACUCCUUUUUUGUUGUUUAGAAUGGUUCUUUAUGAAUGAAUUUCCUUUCAUCUUAGUGUAUUUUUCAAUGCACAACUGCAGCUACGUUUGUAUUUAUUGUACCUUUUUUACAUUUCUGUUUACUGCUGUCCCUGAAUAAUCUUCUGAAGAUCACAUUUGUGAAUGAGUUUGUUUGAAAACAGAGGCGUGUAUAUGGGUAGUUUCCAAAUACUGUCAAAGAUAAAUUUUAAAAUCUCAUUUCAAAAAAACAAGAUGAAUCUUUGCUAUUUUGUAUGAAAUGUUUGAAUGAGUUCAGAAAUAAAAACAUUGCUGUAGAA